GUGGCUAUGAAGUAUGUGAGAUAACGCCCAAGGACGGAAGCACCAGCAGCAGAUUGACCUCACACAUCCCAUCCCAUUGUCCUCCAAACAAGAGUGACCAUCCCUCCGCAGGGAGAUGGAGUUCCAAGGUAGGAGUGAGAAGCCUCCAUCGAUUGAGGGCUGGUUCCGGGAACACAAGGGAUACAGUGCUUCAAAUUCAGCGGAGGGGAGGGUGCAGAAGGAUGGCAGCCCCUCCUCAGCCAAUCUCAGCACCUGCAACAACCUGUCGAGAAAGAGGAAAGCGGUCUUUGAAGUGCUGUCGGAAAAGGCCGUGAGCGACUGGGGGUUGGCAUCCGACUGGGAAGUGGCAGGGUGCAGUGUUCCCUUUCAGAAGACCAUGGACUCUAGGGUUAGUUCCAAUCAGUCAGACAGGAAGUGUACCUUCUCCAACAAUGGCGCAGCUUGUGGUCUGUUUGCUGCGGCUGGAGCUGCAGACCAACAAGGGACCCUGCUGAGCAGGUGCAGGGCUACACCAGCCACUAAAUCCUGCAGAGGCCUGAAGCGGCGGCGGUUUCGGAAAAGGUGGAAGUUGAUGCAGGCCUUCCAGAUGCUCCUGUAUCGCCGGAUUUCCCCGCUGACAUUCCACUGGAGGGUAUGGAACCUGUUCAGGAAGAGACGUGCAUCUCGUCUUCAUGGAGCCAAGCACAGCCUAUCCACUGCUCAGCAGUCAGUGAACGAGCCAUCAGAGAAUGCUCAGGAGUGGGAAUCACAUGCAAAGUGCCUGGAGGCAGGUGAGAUGUUCAGACCCAGGGUGGCUCCUGACUUUGUGCCGGAAAUGAUGUGCUCAGAGAGUCACCGGGCCCCCCGUUCACUGGAAGGCAGCAGCAACAACAUGUGGUUGAAGUCUGGUAGCAGAAGCCCCACCAUGAGGUUGCAGGGUCUGUCCUCUGGCAAUUGUCAAUCCUGGCCCAAGGACUUCCGGCUCCCAAACCAAGGGAGCGCCUCGGAGAACGCCAGCAGCUCGAUGACAUUGUCAGUACCACCCGCCUCGUUCAGGGGCAGUGCUUCGGCUGACCUUUCAGAGAAGCCAAAGGAGGGUUUAGGCACGUUGGCACAGAGCAACAGCCACACGGUUUCCAGAGCUGGCCUGCCACUGGCUGGCAUUGACCAUGGAGAAAACGCUCACCAAGGCACGAGGUUGCUCGGAAAGCUGUUCCUGGACCGAGAUCAUCCCUUGUAUUCCCGGUACGUGGCCCGGUCCAAGGAAGCCCUUCACAUUUGUCGAGAUGAGGCUGCUGGAGACACUUUGAGUCAUGGCUCGAUUAACCUCGGUGCUCAGGAGCAAGCGCGAGGACAUCUAUCCAGCCGGACAAAGCCAGAGGAGGCUGACCUCUCUGUUGGCCAGACACCGUUUGGUGGCGUUGGAGAUAUGCUGGGAGUAAACGGUCACCCCCUGAGUGACCCGGAUGAAAUGCUCCCCUCAGACGGUGGCGCUGAAUGCCAGCGGGUGGUCAGAGAGGAUGAUGGCAUCGUCAUCAGUCAUGUGUGCAGCAUUGGCUCACAGAUGGUGGAGCAGCUGUUUGGCAGCGAGGACGACAGCAGGGAGGGCAGCUCAGCGAGUCUCAGCAAGCACAAGUGUGAGUCUGAUAGCCAAGCAGGUGGUACCGGAGAAUCAGAGACUGAUGGAGCUGCCAUAGGGCAGCAGUGCAAGACCAGUGACCGAGCCAGUGUGAACCAUGUGUCGGCAAUGAGCAAUGAACACAUAGCUUGCAUUCACGGGCUUCUAGAUGAGUAUAUCCAAACCUAUGGCAGCUUGAUACCCCUGAACACUGAUGAUGUGAUUGAGAAGCUCCAGGCUGUUUUUGAAGAAGAUUUCUCAACCCCACACAGAAAGAACCUGAUUCAGCACGUGAUGCAGUCAUACCACCGAAUGAUGGGAAAUAAUGCUGUUCGAAACUUUCGAGUCACAUACAAGAGGCACGUGCUCACCAUGGAUGACCUGUCCACCUUGUAUGGCCAGAACUGGCUGAACGACCAGGUUAUGAACAUGUAUGGAGACCUUGUUAUGGACACAGUGCCUGAUAAGGUUCACUUCUUCAACAGCUUUUUCUAUGACAAGCUGAGAACCAAGGGAUAUGAUGGCGUGAAGAGGUGGACUAAAAAUGUUGACAUUUUUAACAAAGAUCUGCUCUUGAUCCCCAUUCACCUGGAGGUCCACUGGUCACUGAUCUCCGUUGAUGUACGUGAGAAGACAAUAACAUACUUCGACUCCCAGCGAACCCUAAACAGGAGGUGCCCCAAGCAUAUUGGGAAGUACCUCCAGGCAGAGGCCAUCAAAAAGAACCGCCAGGACUUCUAUGAUGACUGGAAAGGAUAUUUCAAAAUGAAUGUCGCAAGGCAAAACAAUGACAGUGAUUGUGGAGCUUUUGUACUUCAGUUCUGUAAGUGUCUGGCUCUGGGACAACCGUUCAGCUUCACCCAGCAGGACAUGCCCAAGCUCCGGCGCCAGAUCUAUAAGGAACUUUGCAACUGCAAGCUGAUUGUGUGAAGAGCUUGCUCCCAGAAGUUGGUCGACACAAGCCUAACAUUGGGUGACUGACCAGACAAACGCACCCUUUUGUGAACAAUACGAAGACGGCACAAGUUAAGAAGGCUUGAUUCAACAAUUCUGGUCUUCAAAUGUGUUGAAACAUGAAAUUUUUUUUCCCCUUUUUUAAACAAGCAAACUUUUUUUUUCUAUGCCAUAUUUUUUCAAUUAUUUAAGUGUUGUUCAAAUUUGAAAUUCUGGUUACCUAUGUUGUAUUAUUAAACCAGGAUCACAGCACUAAACGGCUGCAAUGGAUUUAUGUGAAGGCAUUUGGGUAUUUAGCAUCUUUAAAGCAGUCUAUUAGCUGGCCUGUGAACUAGGGGAGGAAGUGAUUAUGCAGGAUCGGUGACUCUCCAUGUGGACUGUCAGGUUUUAGUUCCAAGGCUUGUCACUUGGGAUUAUUUUCUAUGAGCUCUCAGUCAGCAGCUUACACAAAGUGGCUUGGUGCAGAGAUGUCUCCCAUUUUUGGGAUUGUUAGGAGACCGAGCAUGGUGCUGUCUGUUUUCUAUGGCUACACUGACAUUAUUGCCCCCACAUAGUCAUGGAGAGGUUGUGGCCUACUGCUGUGGGGUAGGGUUAGGAGGGGAGUAAGCCGUCUUCGAUACCUGUGAAGCUUUUGAGUAAAACAAAAGGUUGCAUCUAUUGAAAUUCAGUCAAAUUAACUUGAAAGUGAUGGUUAGUCACUGUCCAAAUCCACCAAAUCCUCUUAAAGACGUUGUUUGGUGUUUUGUUCUGUUUGGUGUCUUUUUUCAGUUUGUAUGUUUUAAAAAAAAGCUGGGACUUAAUAUUGUGACCAAAAUGUGGAUUUGUAAGGCUUUUGGGUUUGCUUUUGAAUGAAGAAGGAAAAUGCAGUAGCCUGACACGAUAAACCUCAUGUACCUCACUAACUGCGUGUGGUAGCAAUGUGCAACAGUGUGAUGCCCCAACACCCAUAAUAAAAAUCUGAUUGGUUACAUCAUAACUCUCGCCAAGCAUCCUUCUAAGUGUCCAUACAGUUCAGUUUUAACAUGUUAGUAUUGUGUUUCUGUAUGAAGAAUAUAGGGUGUUUAGUUGUGUUGGGGUUAGGGAGUUGAUGGAAUAUCAGUUUUACUUGAAAUCUUCGUUAUCAAAUGAAUUCAGCAUGAUAAGCAUUAAAUGAUUACCUUUUGCCUGUUCCCCAUCUCACGCUACUUAGUAUGGGUUUAAAAAAUAAAAUAUUGGAUAGCUUUUCAUCUUUUAUUUAAAGUUCCUGGUGUGAAUUCAAAAUGAUGGUAGCAUUUUGGCUGUGAUUGCACUUGUUCAUGUUUGCAGUCUAUGGUAAUGUCUGACCGAUAGCUCCAUCCCAGAUUUAAUUAAUGAAAUAUGUUUUGUGGUGUCUUCUUUGCCAAUCUGAACGCCAGUUCCUUGAACAGUUUGGGCAUUGCUAUCACCUCCUAUUGUCACCCCCAAAGGCAGAGGUACAGAGCAACACUGCUCACUUUACCUUUUCAUCCCCCGGGUUCAAGUUCAAACACACAGACCAAGAAAAUGAAGGAUUCUUCUGUCUGCUGCCUGCAUAGCACUUCUGUAAAGCAAAGCAGAGAGACGUGAGCAUGGGUGCUUACUUUUGAAUGAACAACCUCACUCAAUCCAGAAAUGGAAAUGUCAGUAGGGAUUGCUGUACCAUGAUAAAAUUGAAGGGACUUCUCUUGGGACAGGGUUGAGGGAGCUUUGUUUGGUAUAAGUCCAUGCUGUAUCUAACUUGUGAGUUCUUGAUAAUAGCUGCCAGUGGGAAAGUAUUCCAUCUCUCAGUACUGGAAAGCUCAAUCAUUGAAAUUUAAACUGGUAGAAAGGCAGUGUCAGCUAUUCUUGGAAAGUGUUCAGUACGUGUAUUUAACAUGCUGUGGUGUUUUGUGCAUUUGCUGUUCAAUCUGGCUGCUUCAUGAAGGGAAUGAGGGGUUUUAAAAGGCACGGAGUUAAUCUUGAAACCCUAUUAUAUCUAGAGAUGGAAAGAUGAAGGCUCAGUGAGAUAAUUCAAAGGCCUAAGAUUUUAUUUUGGGCUAAUUCUGUGCCAAAACUGAUACUGAUUUUACACCCCGUGUACUCUUCCAGUGACUAUUUAUUAAUAAGCUCAGUUUUUGAUUAGAGAUAUUAGUCAGAUUCUAUUGCCUAAUUUUAGGGACUUUGGGAGAUACGCCUCCUGCAUUUUGAAACUCAAUCAUUCUGUGACCUGAAUCUUCAUAACACAAGUAUUUCCUGAACUCCUCCAACGACAUGGAACAUAGUUCAGAUGUGAAUGUGGCAAUCUUGUAGCUGAGUAGAAGAAAGCAACAGUUGGAUGGUUGCAAACUUUUAGUCUGGUCUUUCAUAUGUUUUGUUAAGGGAGCAGGAAUUUUCUUGGAGUUAAGGUUUUAUAUUCUGGGAGUAAACACUAGUGUUGACAUUGUGGGGGGGGGGGGGGAGCUGGUGGUGGUGCUGAAAUCUAGUCCGUCACAGUUGAAUUAUUUCAGGUUAAUUGCCUCCAUCUGAAGUAGUGAGCAAUUGGUUUUAGACCUGGUGAAAUGUAAUGUAUGAAACUGAUUUCUGUCAGUCUUCCUCCCCAUCCCUCUGCAGUUGUAUAAUACUCUGUCAUUUCACUAAAAAGUGUGGUGAUUCUCAUAUUGUUAAAAUAUAGAACCUUCAUAGGAAAAUCCAUAAAAUGAAAGAGUCAAAUCUCUUGCUCGAUUAUUGGGGGGAGGGGGAGUGAUUAUUGAUGGUUUGCAUGCUUCCUCCUGCUCUUUCUCCAGCCCUCUCAAAAUCUGGUCACAUUUGCAAACAUAACAUUUGAAGCUGUGUCCUGGAGAUUCGGUCUGAAACCUAAAUACCUUAUUGUGGAACUUACUUUGUCAGAAUCAGUGGAAUUGCUACUCACAAGUGAGUUGUUUUUUUUCAGUUUGUGUGUCAGUUGAAUCUGCUACUAGUUGUUAUGUGAUAACUUUGUUGUGGAACAAGCAAACAUGGAAACUAUUUAAGGUGACAGAGAUUUCCAGCACUUACUCUUGUAAGCAGAGAUUUGGCUCACAUUAAACCUGAUUUGUCAGAUAGUUUUUUCACAAGUAGUGUAACUUGUACCUGAUUUACAUCUGUAGCAUUGCGUGCUUUAGUGAAUUCAGCUCUGUAAUGUUCACAUCCAUACAAAAUGGUGUUGGGAGUGAUGUUUUUGAAAUAUACAGUCAAGGAAGCUACUGUUUUGUCUUUGCCCUUUGAAUCUGGAAGAGUGAGAACCAUAUAUACUAUUGUGUUAAUUUGUCAAAUCUCUGUCUAAAUAAACAUCAAAAACAUUGUAAGGGGUGUCGAUAGGUCUGAGCAGAGAGCUAAGCCUUCAGUUAUUUGCAUGAAGCCACUUACAUGACUUUGCAGCUGAUGUGGCCUUUGAAGAUGGAGGUUACAAAAACAUAUUUUCACAUCUGAGGUUUUGUGACUGUUGUGCAAUCACAGUUACAUACUGUUCUGUUAGAUUUGUAACGACCGGUGAUAUUGUGCUCCUGUUGAUUAGACACUUGCCUGGUGGUUUGAGAAUACUGUGCAUAUAUGCUGUACUUGGUCAGUGAAUGUUAAAUGUUUGAAAGUGCAAGUAGGAGCAGCUGCUUUCUCAACUUCAGAGAAACUCUGGAGUGAGUUUCCAAAGUGCCUAGAAGAUCCAUUGGAGCCAGCCACACACACACACUCAACUCAUUAUGCUUUAAUAAAACAGAAAAUGUUUGUAAAUGUUCAGCAGCAUUAAUGGAGAGAGGAAAACAGAGUGAACAUUUCAAGUCAGUAACCUUUGGAUUAACUUGGUCUCUGUCUCCACAGAUGUCUGACCACCUGAGUAUUUCCAGCCACCUCUGUUUGAUUUCAGCCUUCCACAUCUGCAGAACUUUACUUUUGGAUUGGGGUCACACUUUGUCAAGCUCUCAAAGGUGUCUUGGUCUCUUUGGCUUUACAGUCAGGAUGUAAUCAUGGCCUGGAUUAUUGUGCCAUUAUUAAUUGUAUGCUGAUCCUGGAAUUGAAUGACUCCACUGAGGAGAAAGAGGAAGGCUACAAGUUGAAAGGUGUUCAUCUGGAGAAAGGCGACCAUGGAAACUGUUUCUGACAUGGUGUUCAAGGUGCCUUCGGUGCUUUAAAUCCUGUUCACUAAAAAAUGCCCUUUAACUGAAGGAAUUGAAUCUCCGAACAAAAAAGACUUUGGAUUUCAAAUAGUGAUUUUGUGUUCCAUGUGUUUGAGAUUCUUUUUCACAAGUAUUUUCAGGAUGACAUUCCAAGCUUAAUCUCUCAACACUAUAACCCUAUGACCUUGCUCAUUUUCUCAUAUGGGGUUGGGGAAGAGAGGUUUGCUAGAGUGAAGAAACUGAUGCAGCCAACUGGCACUUUGGAGCCAUUGCUUUAGGGACUCAGUAAAACAGGAGCUAGAGGCAAGGAGGAGAAUUUUCUUGUCCUACGUUGCUUAUCCAAUCAACCCUUCUCUCCCCACAAAAAGAAGUCUCGUCUUUGCUCAUCCUGAUAAUCUGAUUGCAGCUGGCUUUAAUUAGACCAAGAUGGAUGGAUCCAGUGGUAGUGGAAAUUUUGCCUUGGGAAUGUUUCUAAAGCCAAAAAUGUCCACGUGGGCCUAACAGCCAGUGUUCAGUUAUAUCCCAGCUUGGUAUUAGUUACUUGACAUAUUCAGAUACAAAACUAGAAGCUAGCUCAUAGGGUAUCGAAAAUGAGAUGGAGAGGAGUCAUUUGAUAUUCUAAUAAUUGUGGGGAAUUUGGGGGUUCUGCUCCUGACAUCCUCUAUCUGUCUUGGACUCAACAGCAUCACUUCACACCCAAUCAAAACCAUCCUCUAUUCCCAAGAAAUCUGCGGCCCUUUCUUAGGCUGCAGCUCCCCAUCUGCACAUCAGUGUCAGUGUGAGAGAUUCUCAGUUACAUUUCAUGGUGUUUGAGUACUGAUAGGGAUAUGUACUAAUUGUGGGAGAUGGUGGGAUGGGAUGGGUUCAUCUUCUACACGGGUUCUCUUACAUUUGAGUAUAUCUGAUAUAAUGCAGACAUGAAGGUUUAUUGUUGUUUAAAUCUCCUGCUGCCAAUGUUCUUCAUGUAUAUCACUGUUGGAUUGAAUUGGAUUUCCUAUCCCUUGUAUUGACACAAUAAAGAUUUGAGUCUUGAGCAUAUA